AUGCUCCGACUGGAGCGCUCGAGCGAGGCGCUGGAGCAACCCGGUGUGCACCUUUGGAACCCCACACGCAACCUUCAUAUGUCGCGCUCGCAAGCCUCGGAGACGAAUGCGCUGGAAGUCGGCGUGCCACCCAUGAUUGAAAAAGAUCAUGCUCUGCUAUGCAACUUGCUGAACAAGCCCCGGAGCGGUGAGUCAGGCCGCGAUGUCGCGGGGCCGCCGACGGGCCUUUUUAAAAUUGAGGCUCUACGCGAGCCCCGCGCGUUUUUGACGCUUGCGCAGACGACGCUCUAUCGAGCACAGUUGCUUGUGAACCGCAUAGCGCGCGCUGGAGAAGAGGAUGUCGGUAUGGACGAGCUGCGGCGCGUCGUACGCAGCCUCGACCGGCUCAGCGACCUUUUGUGCGGGGUGAUUGACAUGGCCGAGCUUGUCCGCCACGCACACCCCGACCCCACUUGGGCAGACGCGGCAAAUGCGGCUUAUGAGCAUCUGUGUAAUUUCAUGAAUAUUCUCAACACACACACAGGGCUUUACGUCGCGCUCAAGCGUGCCAUGGAUGACCAUGCUGUGUGGCAGUCGCUAUCGGAGGAGGCGCGCGCUGUCGCUAUUAUUUUCCUGCGCGACUUUGAAAAGUCUGGUAUUCACCUUCCGCCUCAGGAGCGUGAGCGGUUUGUAGAGCUCAGCGACCAAAUUCUCGUGCUCGGCCGUGCCUUUUUGCAGGAUACGAGCGCCAGUGCACCGGACAGUGUCACAGAAAUCCCAGUCGACUUGCUCGAGGGGAUGGACAGUCAAUUGCUCUCGACGCUCAUGUCGAGCGCAGAGUACAAUCGGCGCCGGAACGUGAUUGCCGUGGUACCCAACUCAUGGGAAGCGCAUUGCAUCAGUAAACACGCGCCGAAUUCGCAGGCAAGGCGCCUUGCAUACAUGGCCAGCUAUACAGGCCGGCAUAACCCCGUUGCGAUCUUGGAGUCACUUUUAAAGGCGCGCGACAACCUGAGUAAGCUUACAGGCAAGCGCAGCUUUGCCGAGAUGACGCUGGUAGACAAGAUGGCCGGCACGCCACGCAAUGUGGAAAACUUUUUGCGCAUUAUCUCGCAGGCACAGCAGCCCGCAGCACAGUCGCUCUUGGAGAAGAUGUCUGCAAUGAAGCAAAAAUUAGAGGAGGGUUCCCAACAACCACCCGCGCUUCAGGCGUGGGAUCGCGAUUUUUACGCAGAAGCGUACGCACGCGCACACCGAGCAUCAGACUUGCCUUCGCUUUCGCCGUACCUAUCGCUCGGCUCCGUCUUUACAGGGCUUUCGCGUCUUUUUUAUCUAUUGUACGGCAUUCAUUUCCGCGCUGCGUCCGUCCAGCCGGGCGAGCUGUGGAGCCCAGACGUGCUUAAACUCGACGUCGUGGACGAGAAUGAGGGCGGCGUGAUCGGCACGAUUUAUUGUGAUUUGUUUUCGCGCCCGGGAAAGCCGUCGAGUGCCGCUCAUUAUACCGUGCGCUGCUCCCGCCGUGUCGAUAUGGACGAUACGGAAUGCGAUAUGAAGCUUGGCUGGGCCAAUGGUAUGCCGCAGGAUAUCGAUAUGUCGAACCUUUUGAAUGUGAAGCCUGUUACCUCGCCAGGACGCACCGGUGUCUUCCAGCAGCCCGUGGUCGUGCUCAUGACCGAUUUCCAAUGGCCCUCACCCUUUCAUGGCGGCAUUAGUCUCCUCCGCUGGCACGAGGUCGAGACUCUUUUCCACGAAAUGGGGCACGCGGUGCAUUCCAUGAUUGGCCGUACCGAGUUCCACAACGUGUCUGGAACACGAUGUGCAACUGAUUUGGUCGAGCUGCCUUCCAUUCUCAUGGAACACUUUUUGACCGACAAAAAUGUGAUUCAGCUGGCGGCACACCACCACAAGAGCGGCGCACCGUUGCCUUACAAUCUUCUGGUAGCACACCUGCACACGAACAGCAAACUGGAUGCUUUGGAUGCACAGCAGCAGAUCUUGCUCGCUGCUUUAGACCAGUGGUACCAUUCGGAACGUGUGGGCGAGCCUGGGUUCAGCACAGUUGCUGGGCUUGAGGAACUCCAGUCGCAAAUGGGUAUGUUCCCCGUCGUUCCGAAUUCGACCUGGCAAGGGCAGUUUGGCCAUUUGUUUGGGUACGGCGCGACGUACUACAGCUACCUGUUUGACCGUGCCAUUGCAGCGCGCGUUUGGCAAAAAUUAUUUUCUGGUAACCCUUUGUCGCGCGAGGCAGGCGAGAAGUUCAAAAAGGAAAUGCUCCAGCAUGGGGGGGGUAAGAACCCUUGGUCAAUGCUGUCCUCUUUGCUUGAUGACGAGCAAAUUGCAGUUUGUGAUGAGCAGGCUAUGGAAACGAUUGGCCGAUGGGGAUUGGGCCAUGUAGCUCCAUGA